UUUGUCAAAGAAAUGACAUGUUUUACAGCAAAGUUAUUUAUUUAUUCGUGUUUAUUAUAACAAGCAUUGUUUCUUUUCAUCCCAGAUUUAGCUUAGAUUCAAAAUGAAUCUGGGUGAUGUAAGAAUGUAGUUUUAAUCGGAAUACAGUGUGUACAAUUUGUUGGCUAUCUACGCCUUGACGAAAGAACUUCCUUGUAUUUCUUGACCUAGGAUAAAUAUUUCAUUAUACUCUCAAAACAAAUCAACAGGCACUUGAAACUGAAGUUCUAUUGAACUGAACUUUUAGGAUUUGAAUGUAACAUUGAGCUUCCUAGAAUGAUGAGAAUCCUCUUAAUUAUUUUUGUAACAUGCUCUUGGAUAAUGUACCAAGGUACUUACGCAGUUGUGGCAAGCAAUCCGAUGCAGCCAAGAACGAAAUGUGAGUUUUAUAACCAAUCCAUGUGUGAAAAUCCAAACGACCCCAACUGCAAAUAUGUGGAGGAAUGUGAGCCUCAAGAAGAUGGAAAAAGGAGCCACUGCUUCGUCUUGUGGAGUGAAAACGAGAAAGGUGUUAUAAAUGUCUCUUUGAAGGGAUGCUUCCUUGAUAACGAAGAUUGUUACGACAAAUCUGACUGUGUGGCCAAAGGGCCAAAACUCGAAAAACAUAUUUUCUGCUGUUGCGAAGGAAACAUGUGCAACCAGAAUUUUAAAUGGCUGUUGAGUCCCACUGAAUCUCCCCCUAUGAGUUCACCGAUGCCUGCAAUACCGCCUGAUUCGUUGACUAUACUUGAAGUUGCAGUCAUUAUAGCGGUUUUCUUCAUGCUCUUUUUCAUUUUGAUCGUCAGUUAUGUUUGGUAUAGGAAAACCAAAGUUUUCAAUGAGUUACCCACGUCAGAUCCUAGCCCGUUGCCACCCCCUUCGCCUUACUUGGAUUUACGACCGAUCCAGUUGGUCGAGAUCAAAGCUAAAGGAAGAUUUGGGGUCGUUUGGAAGGCUCAAUUCAAAACUGAAGAGAUCGCGGUUAAGGUUUUUCCCGUUCAGGAUAAGCAAUCUUGGGUCACGGAGCAGGAGAUCUUCAAACUGCCCAACAUGAACCAUCCGAACAUAUUGCACUACAUAGGUGUGGAGAAGCACGGCGACAACCUUCAUUCAGAAUUUUGGCUGUUGACCGCAUACCACGAGAGGGGAUCCCUGUGCGAUUUCCUGAAGGCGCACACUUUGACGUGGCCGCAGCUGUCCAAGAUCGCGAGCACGAUGGCGAGAGGUUUGAUGCACCUGCACGAGGCCAUUCCCGGUAAAACGCCCGGCGAACCGAUGAAACCUACGGUGGCGCACCGCGAUUUCAAGAGCAAGAACGUCCUGCUGAAGAGCGACCUGACGGCCUGCAUCGCAGACUUCGGCCUGGCCAUCAUCUUCGAGGCGGGCAAGGCCUGCGGGGAUACGCACGGACAGGUCGGCACGAGAAGGUACAUGGCGCCGGAGGUCCUAGAGGGCGCUAUCAACUUCAACCCGGACGCGUUCUUGAGGAUCGACAUGUACGCGUGCGGCCUGGUGCUGUGGGAGCUGGUGUCCCGGUGCACGGCGCAGGAAGGUCCGAUACCCGAGUAUCGGCUUCCUUUCGAGGAGGAGGUGGGACAGCAUCCCACGCUGGAAGACAUGCAGGAGUCUGUCGUGCAGAAGAAGAUCCGACCCACGAUCCAGGACCACUGGAGGCAUCAUCCGGGCUUGGUUGGCAUGUGCGACACGAUGGAAGAGUGUUGGGAUCACGACGCAGAGGCCAGACUGUCAGCGUCUUGCGUGAUGGAAAGAGCGAUACAACUGAGCAAAUUUCAGCCGAAUUCGAUCAGCUGGAGGAUAGAGAACGACAAAAACAUGACGCAGUUGAAAGAGAUCAGCAUGUGAGAGAACCUACACAGAAUUUCUCCUGUACCUGCACUACUACUACCGUAAUAAUAAGUAUCUGGCUCUUUUGCUGGCCGACGCUGUGUAUCGUUAGUAACCACACCUGCCUAUUUGUACAAUGAGAUUAUUUUGUUACAGUGAUAUGUUUACGAUGUUGUAUACAAACAUACAAGCCAUUCAAAAGUGGAUGCAGGUUUGCCAUAUCUGUCGAUUGUAGGAUACCGAACCUCGAUUUUUUUCGAAGUUUCGUCUUCGAAUUUUAAAAGUUUUUAAUCUUCGUUCGUUCUUUCAUGUCUUUUUAGCAAUUUUAUUGAUUUUAUUCGAAUUUUUUACAACUUUAAUUUUUAAAUUCAUGAUUCGGAAUGUUUGUCAAUAAUUCUUUACAACUUCAAAUUUUUUCUAUUCAUUAUUCGGAAUUUAGAUUGUCAAUGAUUAUUUACAACUUUCAAUUUUUUCGAUUUAUGAUUCGGAAUUAAGUUUGUAAAUAAUUUUUUACAAAUUUUAAUUUGUUCGAUUCGUGGUUCGGAAUUGUGUUCGUCAAUCAUUUUUUACAACUCUCGAUUUUUUAAUUCCGUGAUUCCGAAUCAAGUUUGUCAAUUAUUUUUUACAACUUACAAGAGUUCAAACAAACGACCGGCUCUUUCGAUGGUACAAAUUACGCACAUUGUUGUAUAUGUAUAUAGAUUUUAUAGGUGAAUCAGUUCCUAGUUUUAAUUCGAUUUUAAAUUGGUCCGGCUCAUUAUAAACGUGGUUUCAAGCAGGCAACAAGUGUCGGUAUCCUAUCUCGCCAGAUAUUCCAUCGCCCGUCCAUUUCUCCUACUACAGUGCCAAGAAAUAUUUAUUACAAUAGGUUGUACUAUAUUGUUAUUAUUUCAACGUUCAUUCUGAGGAUAUCGACUGCAUUUCUAACCUUUAUCUUUCAGUUGGGCACGCCCUCUGUGGGGAUUUCUUCGGAGUACGCGUUUAAAAAAAAUAUAAAUCUACAAAUGGGGCGUCUCCCUAUACAGGGUGUCCUUUUGUGCAAGUUGAAUCGGUGAUUAUAGAGAAACGACGCAGAUUAUUGAAAAUAAUCGUUAAUUUGCUGGAUUAAUACUGGGCGUUUCACGUUAAGCUUCCAUUAGAGAAGCUAGAGAAACGAAUGAGGUUUUUUUUCUGAAAAUCAUAUGUUCAUAAGAAGAUAUUAUCCGCGAAAUUUUGCUUAUGGUUCAUUUGCACUACCCCAUAUCCAAACCUUGAGGUUUCGAAGACAUCAAUUCAUUGGUCUCGAAUUUUACAAAAACCUUUAAGUUUGGGUGUUGGGAAGUUCUAAUGAAACUUGAGUAAAAUUUUCUGGGGCACCUAAAAACGUAAUAAAAUAUAAGGUGUUCCAUUCGAAAUGACAAAGUUUGUCUCAAUCAAAAAAUUUCCGUGAAGAAAUCGCAUUCGGUUAUCGCUUUACGUGGAACACCCUGUAUACUUCCGGUACCUUUUGUAGUUAUCGAUGGAAAUUUAACAUAUCAGAGAAUGAUUUAAAUAACAAUGGAGAAAGUAAAUCCGGCUUAUUGAAAUAAUAAUAAUAAUAAUUCCGGUCAAUGUUUGUCGACGAAUGCAUAAAAACGAAAAUUGACAAAAAUUCGGACGCCAUAUUUUAUUUUUCGGGGAAUUUGUCGUCGAAAACGAGAGUUUUUCUUGGCGGGAUGUGCAUAAAGUACUAAGGACGAAGAACUGUCUAACAUAAUCGAGGUGAGACAAUAGACAGUUUUUCGCAGAGGUGCAUAUUGCAUUUUUUAGUCGAUCUCACGGAAGUAAGAACACGCGUGUUUGCUGGCCUCCGCUAUGUCGCCGUAAUUCCCUCAUUUAUGGGAAAUAGUGACGACAGCGGACGAAAAGUCUCAGCGGAUGAAAAUUUUUUGAGUUCGACCAAUAGGCUUUUUUUGCAUAGGAAGACGAAGUUGACGUUGAAUAAAGUAACCAGAUGAGCUUUAAGGCGGAAAAGUGUGAUAUUUAGGUUAGAGUGCAAUUUAUAGAAAGUUUGGAAUAAUAGAUUUAUCGGAUUAACUUUUUAUAUGGGUGUUUUAUGGGUGGAGAGUUAGGAGUAAAAAUUCGGCGUGCCCGAUUGAAACCCAGAAAUGUCAUAUGAAAUUUGUUCUUCGGAAUGAACGAGAUGUUGACGUAAUGAAACAUUAAGCAAGUGAAAACUGAAAUAUCAAGGUAGCUUUACUAGUAGUAUUCUUAUACGAUGUGACCUCUUGAACGGUCCCUGUUUGAAUAUUGUCAUCCUUUUUCGUGACAUUUUCGGUCAAAUACAUUUUAUCAUGUGAAUAUAUAUUUAUCCAUUUAUCGGAAGCAAUACAUAUAUAGAUGUAUUGAGUUUUUUAAGAAUAUUGAAAUAGGUAACUUGUUAUUUAUUAGUAACUAUUUUUUUAAAUAAUGUUGAGAAUGGAAACUAACUAUUAAUGAUUUUAGCGUUUGCAAUAUAACGAUGUAGGUAUUUCUAGAACGAAUGGAUUUUCAGUUGUGGAAUUGGAAAUAUACACGUUGGUUCUUAGGCUCAAACUGAAAAAUUAUGAACUUUUCGUUCAGCUCAUUUUGGUGAAUAUCACAUUAUUAUGUUUUAUCUUGUCUCAAAUUUCGAACAGCCACUACGUUUUUCUUGACAAUAACUCGGCUAGACUAGUGUUUUUCCCUUCGUUUUGUUGACAAUUAAGCCGAUCAACAAGAGAACCAAUUGAAUCUCGAAUGGCGAAUGACUGAAUGUAUUGUUAACCAAUGUCAAUGUAAUAUUUGGAUUCCUUCACUGUAAAUUCCUGCACUGUUACGAAAUUUCAUAUCAAUUGGUUAAUAAUAGCAUUAGAUUUGGUUUAGAAUCUGUAUCUGGACAUACAUGUACUUUUCCUAAUAAAUAAUUGAGUAUU